AAUCACAACAAAGAAGAGGCGGGACUUAACGGUGCCAAUGAGGCGUUCAGGACUCUGCCGUACAUGGUUAUCGGAUAAAAAAGAACAGCAGAAAGUUUACAGCUCAUGAAACUAUCAGAAUGAAUGGGACGGCUUAUUCCAACUUUGACAAGCAAGAACAUGUCUUAAAAUUAGGAGAGACGUUUGAGAAACAUCCUAAAAGUGGCUACCAUACAGUGCGAUAUGACUUCAAGCCAGCCUCCAUUGAUACAACAUGUGAAGGGGAACUUGAAGUGGGAAAAGGAGAGCAAGUCACUAUCACUUUACCCAAUUUAGAGGGUUCAAGUGCUCCAGUAACAGUCUUCAAGGGGUCAAAGAGGCCGUACAUGAAAGAGUGCAUCCUCAUUGUGAACCAUGACACAGGGGAGUACAGAUUGGAAAAACUCAACAGCAAUAUAGCUGUGAAAAAGACCAGGGCUGAGGGCAGCAGUAAGAUCCAUUCUCGCAUGGAUCAACCGACCAGUCGCCUGAGCCAGCAACAGCAAGUGAAGAGUAACAACAACAACAACACCAGCAGUAACAAGACCUCAGCCAGCUCCAAGAAUUCUCCUCCCAAAGAUAAGACAUCCCCGGCAUCUCCCAUGGACGACAUCGAGAGAGAGUUGAUGGCAGAGGCUCAGGUCAUGGACCAGCUGAGCAGCGGUGACAGCUCCUCGGAUUCCAACAGCUCCUCGUCCUCCAGCAGUGAUGACAGCUCCAGCAGCAGUGACUCUGAAGAUGAGCGAGCUACUGCGCCACCCACAGCCCCGGCCAACCACAGCAUGCCUAUCCUCACCACCAGUGCCAACACCAACAGUCGCAACCAGGAGAGUGCUGGAGGACUCAUGAACACACUCAAGAAUGACCUCCAGUUAAGUGAAUCAGGCAGUGAGAGUGACUGAACACGGGGACAUCUGUGGACAUUCGGAGGAUUUUUAGGGAGGAAGCGGGCAUAGAUAUGUCAGUGUGUUGCUUCCUUUAAAUGUGGAAACUGUCUUCUCUACAUAUUCACAAUUCAGCUAGCUAAAUAGAAUUAGUUGCUUCUCCGCCAACAAACAAAAUUCAUGUCACAUUUAUUGCUUCAUGAUCUCUUUUUUUUGUUUGUGUGUGGAAACUGUAUUUUCAAGAGAUAUCUUAGUUCAGAGUGACGUGAUGCAGUUGGUGUAAGAGAAGCAGUAAAUUAUAACAAACUA